AUGGCUCAACCAUUCCAACAACUCCCGUACCUCAGCUACGGUCUGCUGGUCCUGGGCAUUUGUGUAGUCUACCGAAUCCUCCGGAUUGGUAGGCGAGACCCGAGAAUGCCAAAGGGUCCUCCUACACUUCCGAUUCUGGGCAAUUUCCAUCAAAUCCCCUCGACAGGGAUGUAUAGGCAAUUCCGCGAGUGGGCGAAAGAGUACGGCCCGGUGUUUUCACUGAAAUUCGGACCGUCCAACAUCAUCGUUCUCAGCGACCGGGAGGCCAUCCACGAACUUAUCGACAAGAAAGGCAGCAUCUAUUCGGACCGGCCGACAACAUAUGUCGGUAACCUGCUGACCAAGGGAGACCACAUUGCAAUUUCGCCAGCGGACUCGCUCUGGAGAGAAAAGCGAAAAGUCAUUGCACACAACUUCUCCCCCAAGAUGCUCGACGAGAAACAUUUUAGAGUUCAAGAGGCAGAGGGCAUCGUAUUGAUGAAUGACCUGUUGAACCAUCCAGACGGCUUUUUCAACCAUAUCCGUCGAUAUACGGCGUCGGUGGCUGCGACAUUAGUCUAUGGCCAGCGAGGUGCCACUUUUGACUCCUUCUGGGGCCAUGCCGUCUACGACGUGAUGACCAAGUGGACGGAAUGCAUGGAACCUGGAGCGAAUCCGCCGGUUGACGAGUACCCGAUCUUGAAAUAUAUCCCCAAAAGCCUCGCGUUAUGGAAGCGACGGGCAUUGCGAGCAGGAGACACCAUGGACGCAGUAUGGACUCGAGCACGUCAGAUCAUCGAGGCACGAAGGGCUAAGGGUGACAAACGCGACUGCAUCGCCGACCGACUUCUAGACGAGUACAACGAGAAAGGCUUCCCGAUGAGUCAACACGCGUUUAACAAUCUCAUCGGCGAGUUGGUCGAAGGAGGUGCGGACACGACGUCCGCACAGCUGUUAACCAUGGUCCUGGCCCUGGCGCGCAACCCCUGGGUGCAGGAAAAGGCACGAAAGGAAAUCGAUCCAUUAUGUGGCUCCUCUCGCUCGCCACAGUGGUCCACCGACUUCCAAAGCCUCCCGUAUAUCAACGCCAUCGUCAAGGAGGGCAUGAGAUGGCGACCAGUAGUCAGACAAGAUGACUACUACAAGGGGAUGCUGAUCCCGAAAGACUCGACCAUCUUCAUUCCCACCUGGGCAAUCCACCAUAAUCCGGAAAUCUACCCCAAUGACGAAGACUUCAACCCCGACCGCUUCUUGAACUACCCCAAGCUGGCGAGUGAAUACGCCGGGAGCGCCAACUGGAAAGACCGAGAUAAGUCUAAGACUACCCCUUCAAAAGCUUCCAAAAGUUGA